AUGUUAUUAAUCUUAAUCAAACUUUCAUAUCUAUUUAUUUUAUUUUAUUCUUCUAUCAAUGCCUUACCAGUUAUUAAUCGAGAAAAUAUUAUACACAAUAGUAUUGGAAAUUCGAAAAAAAAUUUAACAGUUCCACUAUUUAAUAAACAGGAAUUGGCAGCAGCAGCAGAACCUGUUCCUUUAAUGAUACCAAAGCUCAAAAUACCAAAACAUUUUAAUCUAAAAAAAAUUGCAAAAAAUCUAAAAGAUUUUGGUAUUCAUAGUUUAAAAGAAGAUCAACAUCUUGAAGGCUUACCAUUAGAUCGUCGUGGAAAAGUUAAUCCUGAAUUUCAUAAAGAAAUUUUUUUGGGUAAUCAUGAAGCAUUCGAAUCAGAGAUUGAUCAUGAUGAAGGAAGACGAGAUAAAAAAUUGGAAGAAAUAUUCAAUGAGGCAGAUCUAGAUCGUGAUGAACGUGUAACGAAAGAUGAACUGGUUAAUUAUCUAUUUAAAAAUGUUCAACUGCAUUUAAAAGAAGCAAAAAAUAGAAAUACACAAUUAUUUCUUUUGAUCGAUGCGAAUGAAGAUGGUAAAAUAACAUGGCAUGAAUAUGCUGCAUUGUAUAUUAGAUUUCAUCAUAUGAAUGUGUCCGACGUCAGAGAUUUGGAUGAAAUUGAUUUUGCUCAAGAUUCACACGAUAGUGCUUUACAACGUGAAUUACUUAAAAUUCGGUAUCGUUGGACAGAAGCUGAUACUGAUGGCGAUAAUGAAAUUAAUGUCGAUGAAUUUCUUACAUUUCGUCAUCCAGAAAUAGCUGGUCGUUCAUAUAAAAAUGUUGUUAACGAUAUUAUUCUACAAAUGGAUCGUGAUAAUGAUCAGAAAUUAAAUAUAACUGAAUUUGCAUUUUUACCUUCUUAUGGAUUAGAAGAUAAGGAUAAUAAAGAAUGGGAAGAAAUGGAUAAACGAUGGUUAGAAGAACAAAAACAAGAAUUCCGAGAAUUUGAUCAAAAUAAUGAUGGAAUUUUAACAAAAGAGGAAUUAUUACAUGCAUAUGAUCCAAUGAAUCGUAUACAUAUCGAUCGUCAAAUUAAAAAAUUAUUCUCAAAAGUUGAUGAUUCACCAGCAGAUGGUUCUUUAUCAUUAAAUGAAAUUCAAAAGCAUGCAGACAUUUUUACUGAUUUACGCAUUUUAGAUACUGAAAGAGUGUUACAUGAAGAAAUGUAA